AUGAUAAAGCUUCUUUUGCUAACUCUCACAACACUCUGCCUCAGCCAAGAAAUCUCCUCACUAAUUUCUCAGCACACUGAGCUUGAAAAGAAACUCCAUGAAAUCGAGGACAUUCUUCACAAAGUUAAUGAGCUUACUUCAGAAACCUAUCUAAAAUCACUUAAUAUACAAGUAAACAAGCUUAAAGACGACAUGCUAAGAACAGACCAAUCCUUAAGUGUUUUAGAAAAAACCACAGAAGAAAUGACAAAAGGUCAUAAAGAGUUUAAUAAAACCUAUGCAAAUGAAAUGAUGCUUUCUUUAGGAAAACUUGAAGAAAGAAUUGAAAAAGUUGACAAUAGGAUUAAAACUCUGGAUUUUCAGAAAAUCAUUGAAAAAAUUGAAAUUGGGCUGAACGGGCUUGCAACACAGGACAAUCAAGUGAAAAACUCAAUCCUUAAGGUAAAAGAGCAGACUGAAUAUUUAGAAGUGAUUUUAGCAAGGGAGUCAAAUUUUAUAUGGGUUUACAUAUUAAUGGGAUUUAUUAGCCUUAUUUCAAUUUUAAGCUGGUUUUUGAUACAUAAAGCUGAAGAAAAAGAAAUUUAA